AGGCAUUGAGACCAAAAGGCCGAAAAAAUUACCCCGAGCCAUGGUCUGUGUAUGUAUGUAUGUGUGUGUUGAAGAGGGCUGUGAUAGGAGAUAAGCAUUGCCCUAGCGGUGCUUAUCAUGCAUGGGCAUUCUCUCGUAAGCCACAGAGCUGAGAGGUGCUGAGAUGCUGAAAAAGGGUUGACUAUCACAGUCACUCUAACUAUUUGUGAGUAUACUAUUUUUCAUUGACUAAAAUUCAGAAGUGGGAUCUCUCAUAUAGUGCCCACGGGAGAAUUAAACGAGAAAAAAAAAGAGAGAGAAUUCACCACACAAUUGUGUGAGUGCAACGUAGAUCAGAGAGGAAAAAAUUGAUGAGAAAAAAAAUGUCCCGUUAAUGAGAUUUGGAAAAAAAUCAUUUUGCGAGCUUUUUGAGUGGCUUAACAAGUGAGAUCUGCAUCAGUGAAGAAAAAGAAAAGCAUUUUCACGGAAAUAGUGGAAGAAAAUUGCGAGUAGUGAGUGACAGUGGUUAAAGUGAAACUCAGACGACAACCUAGGUCGUGUGGAUUACUACGAGUGCCAAAAUGCCUCCCAAGAGACGUGUGGUUGAAGAAAGUGAUGACGGUGAGACUCCUGCCCAGGGCACAUCUAGAGGGGGUGGAGGUGAAGCUUCCACUUCGAGGGUCUACAUGAGCUUCAACUUGAAAGAGAUUCGGAGCAUACUGCCGACAUUUAACCCCAGCGAGGCAACUGGAAGUACUGCCAGGGAAUGGUUGCACAAAGUGGAGGUGAAGAGCCAAUUGUACCGUUGGGAUCCUCAUCAAAAGCUCACUUAUGCAGUGAUGUGCCUGGAAGGGCCAGCUCGGGAAUGGUAUGAAAUGAACUUGGAGGAAAUUAAUGAUUGGGGUGUCUUCCGCACUAUGUUGAUGAAAUAUUACCCAGAUGAAGUUGAUGUGGCGGGCAUCCUUACCCAACUGGGCAAUAAGAAGAGGUUGGCAACCCAGUCAAUUGAUGACUAUUUCAAUGAAGUGGUCAAAGCCUGCAAGAGGGCCCGUUUGGAUGAAAACGGGACCAAACAGUACCUGAUCCACGGUCUGGAUGAAGAGGUGAUGAAGAUGCAACUGAUGACCCAAUUGAAUCAGCCACUCAAUGACUUCUUGCUGCUCAUGAGAAUGCUGGAGAGGGGACGCAAUCAGAAAGUCGAGGAGAAGAAGGGAGAAUCCUCGAAAGCCCCUGAGCAGGAGAAGGAGAAGGAGAAGGAGCUCGAUCAUCAUGAAAGAUCAAAGCGUCGCUCGCCACUGCCUCCCCAUCGGAGGAAGGUCUACAAUCGGAAUCGAAGGCCAUACAAAUACGAUUCCGAUAAUGGCAAAGAGGCAGGAAAUGGGAGUAAAGCCACCGGAAAAUCCGAUAGGAACGGCCGAUGUUUUGGAUGUAAUGAGAAAGGUCAUUAUAUUCGUGAUUGUCCGAAGCGCAAAAAGGCGAAGAAGGAGGAAGCACCAGCAGGAAAAAAGGGGACAGAAAAGGAUUUUCAAGUGGGGGUGGUGAGACCAGCCACCCCACCAAAAAAAUAAAUUGGUCAGGAUGGUAACUGUCCAGGUGAAUGAUCGGCAAAUGAAAGCAUUUGUCGAUACAGGGAGUUCCUACACCUUGAUUCGGCAAUCGGAAGCGGGAAAAAUUGGCUGGAAGGGUGAAGGUGAGAAGAAGACUUUGUUGGGUUUCGGAGGAGGAACCAAGAAGACAUUGGGAACAUUAAUG